UUACACCGCACGCAUGUGUCUAGAUCUUCUUUCAUAUUUCAAUUGUCUGAGACGAAGGAAAUUGCCGCGAUGAACCGUGCAAUCGUGUUUUUUGUUCUAGUCAGCUUAAGCAUAACGUGGGGGGAGAUGGGGACAUGUGGAAAUUGUGCGAAAGGGGACCUAAGUAUCACUGAACUGACGGAGGCGAGAAUUCAGUUCAUCAAGCAGCAGAUUCUCAAGAAACUGAGGCUAAGUAAGAAGCCAGCUGUGGCUGUGCCGGUGAACAGUCUGCCGAUGCCAGUCGCCCAGGGCCAGACGUUAAGCCAUGGUACUGAUAAACCGCCAGAAUUUGAUGAUUAUUAUGGCAGAACUGAGCAGAAGAUUAUAUUUCCAGUUGAAGGGGAGUGUCUUACUUCCGGCCGAUAUCCGUUCACUUGCCUACAAUUCGAACUUCCGCCGGAUGUGGAACCAGAAGAAGUUACCGUUGUUGAACUAUGGUUUUAUAAGGAGCGAGAUCCCUUCGACGAAUACAACCAGACUUUCGUUAUAUCGGAGGCAGCUCAUUGGGAUAGCCAACAGCAAUUUAAAAAGACCAAGCCAAUCGCCAUCAAAGAGACGGAUAUUGGUGAGGGCUGGGUGCGUGUGGAACUUGCCUGGGCGGUCAGGGUCUGGUUGGAAGGCAGAGAGAGACUCCAUACAUUGCACGUUGCGUGCAGAACUUGUCAGUUGCGCAGAGCACCACUAUCUUUCCACGAGAAACAUCGCCCAUUCUUAGUCCUAUACACUAAAUACGCUGGUAAGCGACGUCAGGGUCGCGCAUUAGAGUGUGGGUCUAAUACCAGUGAGUGUUGCCGGGAGCCCCUAUAUGUAAGCUUCCGGGAACUGGGUUGGGAUGAUUGGAUCAUACGCCCAGCUGGAUACCACGCUUACUUCUGCAAAGGCUCGUGUUUACCAAUUUCUGCUGUUACUAAAGCGGAUAGUUAUCAUCAUAAUAUUAUUAGGAAAUACUUUUAUUCAGUAUCGAACGAUAAAAGGGCAGAGUUCAAGCCGUGCUGUGCCCCAACCACGUUUAGUUCGUUACAAUUACUCUACAUGGAUUCCAAUAACACUGUGACGCAGAAAACGCUUCCUAAUAUGGUAGUAGAAUCUUGUGGCUGUAUGUGAUAAUCAAAACAUUCACGUGAAGUAACUAUCGUUUACUUAAAAAACUCAACCAGCACAUCUUCAUUCAUACGGAUGGCUCCAGCCUUGUUUGUAAAUAUGCCCGACGUUAUGAAAGGCAAUGAUGUGGUCUACAAAGAGUCUCGGUGCACUUAAUACUAGAAUGCACAUAGUGUAUCGCAGGGGCCCGAAUAUUACCAUUUUGUUUACUCGAAAAAUCUGGGAAAGGAUUUGACAUUUGACAGCGCGUUGUCCAUGUUUAGUUUUAAAUGUAAAAUUGUGCAUGAAUGUGAAUCUUGCUUAGGUUAACUAGAAUGAAGUGUAAGUUAUUGUAAUUUAGAGUUUGAAUGGUUUAACUAAUUAAUUUAAUAUCUUUUAGGAAAAAGCUAUGUGAUGUAGAUGUAGAAAAUAUUUCGUUACAUAUAUAUAAUAAUUUAAAGAUUUGAAAAUUUUAUCGCAUUUUUGCUUACGGCUUCAUAUACCUGUUGUAUUUAAAUUUUUAUAUUAAAACCUUUUAUGUCGUUUUAUCAGCAAUGUUAGUCUGUGCUGUCAACACUGAGAACGUGCGUUCCAACUCUGAAAUUAUCUAUUUAUGUGCGUGAUUGCUCAUACGAUGACGAAAAACAUCGAAGGAAACGUGCAUUGUGCACGUCUUUGACAUACGGGAGUCAUACUUAGCGCUAAGUCUCGCUAUUGAAUGUUAUCCUAAGACCCAAAAAUGAAUGCGAGAUGACAUCUGUCAGGUAAAUAUUAACCUUGACUUAGAUAUAUCAAUUUGAUUGAGUUAAUUUAAAAAGUAAUUGUUUAUCUUUCUAUUUAAAAUAUCAUGUGAUGUAUGAUAUCGCAACGCACAUUGGUAUCACAUCCAAUAUACAAGUUUUUAUAAAUUAAAAUAAGUAAAUUUUAUAUUAAUAUCUAUAGACUCAGUCGAGAUUUAUGGGACACCCGUAUGUCAUGGGGCGUCUUGAUAGUUGAUAGAUAGAUAGAUAUGGGAUUUCAUACGUAAAUAGGGGAUAUUUGAAAAAUUACAAACAAUUAUUUAUAUUUAGUCCAGUCAUUCAAAUCAAUGAACAAUGGAUGUAAUUUGCGGAUUUAGAUGGUAAUCUAUAUACAUGAAAAAUAUCUUUGCGUGACAAAUAUUGGUAAAAUAUUUCAGAAUCGCGAAAUGUUAUGAAA